AUUAUAGUGGUAAAGAGAUACGUUUUUGGAUUAUGUGGUGUUUGCACGAUCAGAAAAUACUUGUUUGAAAGCGUUAAGUUCGGGAGUUAUAAGAAGACGCAUAUUUUUGUUACGAAUAUCUAUUUUCGAUCUGGUUUUUGUUUUCCUGCAAUGCACCAGUUCAGUCGAUUGAGGUUAGUAACAUUCGAUGUGACAGAAACACUAUUGACCUUUCGAGUACCACCGGCAGAAAAAUAUGCCGACGUUGGAGCGCAGUUUGGUGUGAUUGUAGAUCCAAAUGUGAUAAGCGCAAAUUUCAAAAAGCAUUGGCGAUACAUGAGUACCAGUCACCCAAAUUUUGGUCAAAGGACAGGCCUGGGUUGGGAAAAGUGGUGGAAACUACUGGUCAACAAGACAUUUCAAGACACUGUGCAGGGAAACGCAUAUAAUGUGUCAAUUUUCGACACUAUUGGUGAUCACCUUAUAGAAUUGUAUAAAACAUGUGAGUGUUGGAAGACAGUGGAAGGUGCAGAAGAACUUCUUAAUCAUUUUAAUAAAUUACGUGUACCGUUAGGAAUUAUAUCAAACUAUGAUGAACGUUUAGAAACGGUUCUUGAAGCUAUGGACUUGCACCAUCAUUUUCAGUUUAUCAUAACGUCAUAUUGUGCUGGUUUUGAAAAACCAGAUUCCCGAAUAUUUCGGUUGGCACUGUGUCAACUUGGAAAUGGAAGUAUAAAACCAAAUGAAGCCCUCCAUGUUGGUAACAUGCCUGAAAUUGAUUACCUAGGUGCAGUGAAGGCAGGAUGGAAUGCUGCACUGGUCCAUCAGAAUCCUAAGAAAGUGACUGAACACUAUCAUGGUGUUGAUCCAGAGCUUGUAUUUGAAACUCUGAAAGAUUUUGAAUCAUACAUUACUCACCUUCAUAAGUAAUGGUUAAAAAUAUAUGAGGGUUCUCUAGA